CCUCAAAGUUCUUCAUCUUCAUUUCUCUCCCGUGAGGGCAGCCCCAUCUUUCCCCCACUUCCCCCGUUUCAGCUCAGACCACCGCAGCUACAGAUCCCUUUGACGAGCCUCCAUUUCCGUUGAUCCAGGCUGCCGUCGCCGGGAUCGCUGCCUUCGCCACCGGGGUUAUCACGUUUGGGGUCUUCCGCUCCAUCUUCUUCUUCUCUAGCACGUGCAAGGGAGGGGCAGUGCCUCUAUUCUUCCUCUUUCGCGCAAGGGAGCAUCCAAGCCAGGUCCAUCGCCGCCGUGCCACGCACUGCCACCACCGCGCAUCGCCGCUGCUGUCCGCUCUAACUCCGGCCAAAGCCACCGUUUGUCACCGCGCGUACGGUUGGAAACGCAGCGUGGUAUGAAAGAGUCUCACUUGGAGCAUCUCCAUUAGUAAACCAAUCUUUAAAGCUAAAAUAUGGUUCGGCGGUAGGUAUCAGAUGCAACUUUCAUCUGUAGGCCAUGAACGGUGGUUCGGCGUCUAGUAACUUAAGGGCAGCUUUCUCCCAUUGCGUACAGCAAGUGCGAAGUUAUGAUUAUCAUCACUAUCUUUGCCUUCUGGAGCUGCCUCCAUCCAUGCGGAAGGCUGCAUUUGCUCUCCGUGCCUUGAAUGUUGAAACAGCUAGAGCUAUGGAUAUUGCUUCAGAUCCCAGGAUUGGCCUUAUGCGUCUUGUCUGGUGGCAGGAAGCCAUAGACAAAAUGUUCGCCAAUAAAUUGAUUGAACACCCAACAGCACAGGCCCUGUCAUCUGUGAUAGCUGAGACCAAACUUAGCAAGAUAUGGUUGAAACGAUCCGUUGAGGCUCGGAUCAAUGAUGCAAAAAGAGAGGUUACUGACAUGCCAGAAAGUAUUGGAGAGUUGGAGAAAUACGCAGAGGACACUGUAUCAACUAUGCUGUACCUGACACUUCAAGCAGGUGGUAUAACGUCUGCUGCAGCUGAUCAUGCAGCCUCACAUAUCGGCAAGGCCAGUGGCAUUCUCUUGCUCCUCAAAUCACUGCCAUACCACGCAUCUCACAACCGACAUUUUUCUUAUAUCCCAACUGCAAUAGCAUCCAAGCAUGGGCUAAUAGUUAAGCAAGGAGAUGGGGAAGAGAGGUGGGUGGAUUCUCGCGAGGGCCUUUGUGAUGCUGUUUAUGACAUGGCAUCAGUAGCCAAUGCACACUUAGAAAAGGCUCGGAAGUUAGCUGCAAGUGUGCCUGCUGAUGCUCUUCCAGUGCUCCUUCCAGCAGUGCCUUCUCAGGUUCUUUUGGAUUCCUUAAGAAAGGUCCAAUUUGAUGUGUUUGAUCCAAGACUAACAGGAGGGGUGCUGGGAAUACCACCUUUGUGGUACCAUCUCAAACUCAAGUGGACUUCAUGGAGAAGGAAAUACUAACAUGACUAAGCUUUAGUGAAUACAUAAUAAAAAUUUGUUGAGUGUAUGUUUAUGCCUUUUCAUUCUGCACAUAAUAAAAAUUUGUGUACUCGUCCCUUCCUUACGGAAAGGUUAAUACGUUUUGUUUACAAUUAGUUUUAGAAUGUAAUUUGAGUUGCACAA